GUUGGGUUCCUGCAAACAUACACACAUACAUGCAUGCAUGCAUGCAUGCAUUCAUCGAUCGGCACUCACAGGCAUUUUCCACCCUGAGUAGACCGAGCAGGCCGAGUAGGCCGAGUUCACUUAGCCAGUAGGCCAACCCUAAACCGCUCCCCACUUGCCACAUGGACCAUUCGUCAUUGAUCCUGUCGGGUCUGCGUCUUUCCGGCGCGUUGGAUUGACGCGCUCUGAGACCACACGCCCCUAACCUUAUUCAUGUGGGUGGUGCUCCCUUGUGUAGUGCGGGUCUGACUGAAGUGGGACCGGGGCCCAGCCUGGGAGCCACCCACCGUUUUCCGGCUAUGACUCAGCCGACCCAUCCUCGGUCUGACCGGUUUCGUCCGGUAAUCCUGCCCCGCUCAUUGGACCCAUUGUGUUCAUAAUGGCCUUAGCCGUCACCAUCCCGGGGCCGACCGACUUGCCGCCCGAAGUGGGGGCCGCUCAGAACGAUGCCAUUCAGCUGGGUAGCCUCCAGCUCGGCCCAGCUGAACCGGACCGUCAGCCGCCGCCUCCGACCUUAGCCCGUCGACGGUUGUCGUCCUAUUGGAUACCUUUACGGGGUCCACGUUCACUGGCUCAGCGCCUGUGCCACGCCUGUUGUUGCGAUGGGUGUGGCACGUCACAAGUCCUGCCCAUUAACAAAGUCCUGCCCGUGACGUUUAAUCCCAAUGAAUCGGAUUUUCUAGAGAUUCGACCCCACCGACGAAUUCGCGUGAUCCAUCGUUAUGGUUUGGCCGCAGCCCCUCCACGUCCCGUCCUGGGCCCCUGGAUGCCUCCACCCGGUCAGGCCGACCAAGAUUCCUUGGAUGGCCUCCCGGUUCAGUUGCAACGGGACGGCUCUGAUCCCGUGGAUGAGAGCGAAGAGGAAGAUUAUUGGUUCGAAAACGCGGCCCCUCGUCGUCCACCCAUUCAAGCACCCACGCCCCGUCAGUACCCGCCCAAUCGGAUCUUCAAUAAAUUUGAACCCCAACAGCCCCCAUGCAUUCCUGGCAUUCAACCCCCCGCCACCCGUCCAUCCCGGCGUGCAUCCGUUAGCAGUGUGCGGAGCCGCAACCAUAGCCGUUCGCCGGCCCGAUCUCAUCGGUUGUCUCGAAAGGUUAUCAUUCCGAGUGAACAACUCGAAGAUGAAGAGGAGGAUGGGGAGACCGAGGAUAGCAAUUUCAGGGAUCUACUGCCCACCGUCGAUCCCUUACCCGAGACCGACAUGUUGGCUAAGGACCCGAUUCCAUCGGCUCAAUCUUCGGUCAUGGACGAAAAUUUCGUCGCAACUGUCUUGUCCGAUAUGAAUGACAUGAUUUUGAAUAUUACCGCCGAUUCCACGGGCCAUGGAUCGCCGAGUCAGAGUCCCGAACCAACGGAGCGGUUGCCGCCUACGUCUGAUUCCAAGUACGUUGAGUCCGAACCUAAUCCGAAUGAACGUGAGCAUUCCAAUAUAUCCGCCAGUGAAGUUAAAAUUGUUGUAGAUGGCGGAAAUUUAGGAGGUCAUGCGAACUCGGCCUUCGAAGGCGACGAAGAACGCGAAUUUACCUCCGAAUCGACGAUGAACGGGAAUGCCUUUGGGAGUCACACUACUAGCCUGUCAGAUCAAUCGGUCAAUCCAGCCGAGAAGUCCGACUCUUCGAGCAAUCAGAUAAGCAAUGGCAAAGCCAGUCGAAACUCAUCAGUCCAUGAAUCGGAUGCUGGCUACCAACGGGUCAGAAAUCUAUCACAAACUCUCGCUCUUGCCGUAAGCGAGGAUUUGGCCCGAAUCGAAAAUGCUAACGGUGAAGACGAUAGUGAACUAGAUUCGCCACUUCCAGAAGAGCAAGAUGAAGGUGACCCCUUGCCUCGGAAUCACAAUCCCAAUAAAGACAACCCAUCGUCGGAAGACCGUCAUGCUCUCAUCUCCAUGCAUCCCAAUCCAAUACCGUCUGACGUAAUCUCAAAUGGUGAUAAUUCAAUAAGCAGCUUAGGGCAGCCCCUCCCAACCCGACCUGUGAUAUUUUUCAUCCAUGGCGUGGGUGGCUCUGCCUCCACGUGGUCCAACCAAGUCAAAUACUUUACUGAGUACGGCUAUGAAGUCAUAGUUCCUGAUCUAUUGGGCCAUGGGUUCUCGUCGGUUCCCGACAAUCCCAAGUCCUACACGUUUAAUAAACUGUUCCGUGACCUCAUUACCAUCUUCGACCACUAUAUCGUGGAUGGCCGCCAAUGUGUUAUCAUCGCCCAUUCGUAUGGGUGUUCAUUUGGCGCAGCCAUUGCUCGAAUCCGUCCCAACAAUGUGGUGUUACUGAUUCUCAUUGCCUGCGGGGGUCCCUCACCCCUUACCCCGCCUAGAAUGUUCAAAACCAUGCCCACCAUACUCGUGUCUUGUAUGAAGCCUUUCCUCCGGUGCGGCUUUCUCCGUCAACAGCAAUACAAUCCACGUGGGAGACAAAUCAAAUUUCAGAGAGCCUUCGAUGUGCCCAGUUACGUCUUUAAACACAUCAUGGCCGGUCAGCAUUGGCCCGAGGGAGACCCUACUUUUCAUCGUCGGAUAUCCACGCCGUCCCUCUUGGUUUAUGGAAUGAAAGACCCGUUUGUGUCACUGGUAGAAAUGUGUGAAAUGGAGCGAACCAUGCCCAAGGCUUUUCUCGAAUUAGUCCCCUUGGCUGGACACAUGAUCAUGUUGGAACAACCUAAGCAACUCAGCACGAUGAUGAGACGGUUUAUUGAGAAAUAUUAUCCUCCUCCGUGAGCGUCAGUGGACGUUAUGGGGUUCUCAAAUGUCACAAAAAGAGUCGAAUUGAAGGGACACAUGGUUCGUUCGAGCCUCCGGUCCUUACCACAACAUUCCCUUUACCAAAGUAAUUAUGGAGAUUUUGACUCAUAUUUAUAUCUAGCAAUUUACACCUAUCAACCGAGUCAAUUCCACAACUCAAACUUCCCAAUCGUAGUAGGCCAAUACUAAUACCAUAUUUCAGCACUAUUUUUAUACAGUCCGUGCAAUAAGCAUCUAUUUUCCCUAUCGACCCAUCCAUCGAUAAAAACGCUCCAUGAACUGAAUCUCAAUUCUGGAAUCUUUAAAACUGUCAUAAGGUUUGAAUAUACACAAAUCCUAACAA